UGUGUGUGUGUGUGUGUGUGUGUGUGUGUGUGUGUGUGUGUGUGCACGCUUUUGCCGGUUUGUAUCUAUGCAUGUAUUUAUGUAUUUAUGCAUGUAUGUAUGUAUGUAUGUACAUAUAUAUGCAUGUAUGUACAUAUGUAUGUGUGUGUGUAAUGUAAGUGUGUACGUAUGAAUGUGUGCGUCUUUUAGUGUAUGUAUAUCUGUGCACAUAUUCACGGCUUAUAACGAACCAACAGAACGUGAUGCCGUGUUAACAAGUAUCACCGCGAAUUACCUUUUUUUCUGGGAGCCGCAUCUCGUCGUCAGUAGCGAGCAGGACCAGGCACUCGACAGAACUGAAACCAUUGCUGAUACUGGAUAUUAACAACCUCACUUCCGAUGAGCAGACGGCGCAUUUUUGUUUUCUUCCUGUUGGUGCUAAACUUGUAUUUCUUGUACAAGUCGGAUGUGCUGAUGAAAAUCCGGGAGAAACACGCCUUGUCUACUUCCCCCUCCCUAUCCUCCUCCUCCUCCUCCUCCUCCUCCUCCUCCUCCUCCUCCUCCUCCGCCCCUCGACAGUGCACGCCGCGGCUCCUGUUCACCUCCAGCAGCAUAGGACGCCUGGGCAACAUCAUGGGGGAGUAUGCCACACUCUGGGGCCUCGGCAGGGCGUUCAACGUGAGCGUCCUCCUCCAUCCGGACAUGGAGGGAAAACUCCUGAAGAUUUUCCCGUAUUUGUCGAUGGACCGGUUGCCAGCAAGUUGCAAGAGAGGCUGGACCACACUUGACAAAACUUACAAAUUUCCGAAAAACCAAAGCCUGUUUGAGUCAGCAGCCGUGGGACUCCUCGGUCCGGGGAAAUUCAUGCUCGGAGAUAAUCCGGUAAAAGUUCAUCUGUUCCAUCCAUUUCGUGAGGAUCUUAUACGCGAAUUAACAUUUUCUCCAAGUCUCAGAAAACAGGCGAAUGAUAUCUUGACACAUGUGAAGAGAAAAGUGAAAACGAAGUCUCCAGAAAUCACCUUUGUGGGAGUUCAUAUUCGUCGAACUGACUAUAUCAAAUAUAUUAAGAAAUACAACACAACCAUACCCAGCCAAGCCUAUUACGUUCGAGCUAUGAAAUAUUACCGCGAGAAAUACAGUCACCCUGUCUUCAUUAUGGCGUCAGACGAUCCUAAAUAUUGUAAGAAGGCAUUUAAAACCUUCAAAGACGUCGUUGUAAUACAAGGAAAUCGAGAACUGGACAUGGCAACCCUAGCAGCUUGCAACCACUCCAUCAUCUCCGUGGGCAGUUUCUCCUUCUGGACUGGAUACCUUUCUGGAGGAGAAGUCGUUUAUCCCAACAAAUCGUACUCCUUGAAGUACUUACUGAGUCCAGAGUACGUGAGAAAGAGCCAUUUGGACUUUUUCACUCCCCUGGACGAAUGAAAGAUGGGUUUGGGAAAUGCGUAGGCUGGCGUAAAGCACUGGAGGACAUUUUGUUUGGCGUUUGUUUGCCAUUCGGGUUAAUUGAGUAUUGAUGUUGUUCUCCACUUGUGUCUGAGUUGGAUUGAGAUGAACAUAAUACUGCGAAGGAAAAUAUUAUGGGAGACUUCCUGGGAAUGCCUGUGUUGUCUCUCUCUCUCUCUCUCUCUCUCUCUCUCUCUCUCUCUCUCUCUCUCUCUCUCUCUCUCUCUCUUCGUAGGAUGGCGUAAACCACUGGAGGACAUUUUGCUUGGCGUUUGCUUCGAGUGCGUGAGAAGGCUUAUGCGUAUUUACUUAUUUUCUUGUUUAGUGUUGCUUCUUGAGAAAUAGCGCUGUUUCCCAAGUGGUAGAAUGACCAGAUGGGAACUCAUUCUCAAUUUUUUUUAUAUAUAUCAUUAUCACCUUUAGCUUUUGUAAAACAGGAGCACAGAUAGGUAAAGCUAGAUAAAGAUAUAGAUGAGUUUCUAUUUAUACAAAUAAAGAGAGAUCAAAGGAAACAGACAGAUAGAUUAAGAGCUAAAAAGAGAUAUUUAAGAGAGUGGUAAGGAAAAGAAAUAAACAGGCAGAUAAACUGAUAAAGAGAGAUAGAGACAGAAGAUAGGUAUAUUGCUUAUAAGAGGAACGUAAGGAGAGAGGAGAAAAGGAAGGGAGGUAGAGAGAGGUAUAUUUAGAGUAAAAAGAGAAAGAGGGAGCGAAAUAGAUAGAGAGAGAGAGAGAAAAGAAAAGAGAGAGACAGCGGCAUAAAGAGACAGACAGACAGAAGAAAAAGGAGAAGGAGAGGAUGAGGGGAAGGGAGAGAGAGAGAAAAAAAUAAAGAAAA